ACGCGAAGGCCGUCUCUUUUCGAUGAUCGAAGAGCGCAGUGCUUCUCAGAGUGAGCUUCGACGAUCUUGGAGCGGUUCAUGGGCACCUUUUCAGCCAGGCGGACUUCUUGUAGUGUUGAUGUCGGUGUCUUAUUUCUGCAGGAACCUAAUCUCGAGUGGAGCGUUUGUUUAGGCUCUUGGAUUGCAAUGCUCUGCGUAUUAUCUUGCAUUGGGGUUCACGGCUUCUGUCUGACGUGAUAUCUAGUAGUUUCUUUGCAAGACUUUAACGAUGUGGCUGUUCGGUCGGUGGAAGUGUUGUGUCCUUGCUGUGAAGUUGGGCCCAUGGAGUUUUAACCUCGUCAAUUGUUGAGCUGCUGCUGCCGGCGACUCGAGCGAAGGGCCUUGUAAGCUAGGGAAAGGUACGGGUCCUGUUUCUUUUAUUGGUUCUGCGCUUGAGGCAUGACGUUAUCUCGAGCGCAAGAACCUAACGUUUCACUUCCAUUUUGUUACGCGUGCGAUACCGACGAACAGCAAGAAGCCCUUGCGUUCUUAUUUUGGCUCUUCGCAGUGGCCUUUUUGAGCACCCUGUCAUUCUUGACUUUGGGUUCCAAAAUCGAAGAUGAGGUUGGGUUUCGAUUGUCCAGGUUGCCCACCUUCUGUCUUCUGCUGCAGCCAGGCCGCACUGUCAGAUACUCGUAGUGUCUGUGACUAGCCGUCUAUAAUUGUGUCAGUUCUUCUAACUGGUCCCUUGAUGUCGCUUGCCUCCUCACAUGUAGGUCCUGUUUUUGCGAAGAGAGCUUUUCAGGUCCAGAUAUUGAAAACGCCACUCCUGUGAUGGGGUUUUCGCAUCACAAGAGUGCCGGUUGCGAGGUAUUGUCAUAUUCUGUCUCAAGCGACGAAGACGAGUCAUCCUCUUGUUAUCGUGGUUGUCAUGUGUUUAUGUUUUACCUCCCAAGCACAAUCUUCGUUCGUUACACUUUAGCAUCGUUGGACCUUUUGGAGAAGAUGGUGGUAGUAGGGAAGGAGUGAAGGCCUGAUAGACGUGACAUCUCGUCAGUAAUUACAUUCGUGCUAUCUCUUUCUCCUUGACUGGCAUGGCCUUGAUAGCGUGUCUGCGAAACCCUAGCCAAUUAGAAGUGCCACUGUUUCGGAAGCUUUCUGUCUCUUGAAUAAGAUUCCCAAAGAUGCUUGUGGAUACCCUCGAACAUUCCGGUCUAGCCUUUUACCAUGCCAACAAGCUGUAAUAGCUCAGUUGAUUAGAGUGUGGCUGUUAACCAUAAGGUUGGAGGUUUGACCCCUUCUACUAGUGUCUAUUUGAUGCGCCUGUCGCUGCAACUUGAGUUGAUAAUCAGCUUUGAAGGUAACAGAUGCCUGUGGAUUUCUUUGAACGUUUUGGUCUUGCUUUCCAAUCAUACCAACAAGCUGGAAUAGCUCAGUUGGUUAGAGCGUGUGGCUGUUAACCACAAGGUCGGAGGUUCGACCCCUCCUUCUAGCGUUUCUUGCUGAUGCGUCGGUCGCUGUUUUUUAUGGUUGAAUUCUCGCAUCUUUUGGUUGUAUUCUCGCAUCUUGUCCCAAGCUCUACUAGCGCGUGAGGUCUCAAGAGUUUAAGCCUCAUGCUGAUGAUGGGUUGAUUGGUGAAUCUUUAUUUUGAAUUUCACAUCUGCCCCAGCCUUACCUUGGCGUCAAGUUUCUUGCUGAUGCGUCGGUAGCUAUUUUUUUGGUUGAAUUCUCGCAUCUUGUUCCAAGCUCUACUAGCGCGUGAGGUCUCAAGAGUUUAAGCCUCAUGCUCCGAUGGGUUGAUUGGUGAAUCUUUAUUUUGAAUUUAACAUCUGCCCCAGCCUUACCUUGGCGUCAAGUCUCGAGUGCGAGAGCGCUUUCUUGGCGACUGUUUUAAAAUCGGAAGUCCUGACGUUGUUUGGAAAAUUUAUUAUGGAGACCAGAAACUCGCUCUCGUCGUCAAGCUGGAAUAGCUCAGUUGGUUAGAGCGUGUGGCUGUUAACCACAAGGUCGGAGGUUCGACCCCUCCUUCUAGCGAUCUUUUGGUUAUUUCUAGAUUUAAGCUCUGUAUCCGGGUUCUAGCCCUACGCCGUAAAGUGUGAAACGUAAAUGUAUGAACUUGCGAGCAGAUUGCAUCUUACGCGAGUCAUGCAUUUGAGGUCGUUAAAGUCGAUGGGAUGUAUCUACGUAAAUGUAUGAACUUGCGAGCAGAUUGCAUCUUACGCGAGUCAUGCAUUUGAGGUCGUUAAAGUCGAUGGGAUGUAUCUAUCUCGGAAGCUCUUCUGGAGUUCGAAACUGUGGGUUCCAGUUUUCCGUACAAUGAAAUCUACAGGUCUCUUAGUUGACGAAAAGACGCGGUAGAGUUGAACUCAAACUGACACGAGUGGUGCAUCUGAAAACGUUUAAACUUGCGAGCAGAUUGCAUCUUACGCGAGUCAUGCAUUUGAGGUCGUUAAAGUCGAUGGGAUGUAUCUAUCUCGGAAGAUCUUCUGGAGUUCGAAACUGUGGGUUCCAGUUUUCCGUAAAGUGUGUUCCUCGGGUUAUCCGUACAAUGAAAUCUACAGGUCUCUUAGUUGACUAAAAGACGCGGUAGAGUUGAACUCAAACUGACACGAGUGGUGCAUCUGAAAACGUUUAAGUUGCUUUACAGUAUCUGUCCGGAAUGCCGAAAUCUGACGCUUGUGUUUCGCAUAAUUUUGUUCCACUUGUCAAAUUUUGUGCAGUACUAUAUUCUCUUAGAGACGUGAUUAUGAAAAGAAGCUGGAUUAGCUCAGUUGGUUAGAGCGUGUGGCUGUUAACCACAAGGUCGGAGGUUCGACCCCUCCAUCUAGCGACUUUUUGCGGAGUUAGCGAUGAUCUUCAGUUGAGGAAUUAAGCCAUGCGCUCUGUUGCGGGUUUAGGUAAGCGAUGAUUUUCAGCUGAGAAAUUAAGUGAUGCGCUGUGUCGGGGGUUAUGCGAUGAAAAGUACGCCAUGAUUUUCAGCUGAGGAAUUAAGCGAUAGGCUCGGUUGUCAAGUUAGAAAUCAAGUGAUGGGCUCUGUUGGGGGUUUUGCGAUGUAAAGCCCGCGAUGAGUUCAGUCGACGAAUUUAAGCGAUGGGUUCUGUUAGGGGUUAUGCGAUGAAGUCCGUGAUGAUUUGCAGUUGAGGAAUUAAGCGAUGGGUUAUGCGAUGAAAAGUCCGCGAUGAUUUCCAGUUGAGGUAGUAAGCGAUGGGUUAUGCGAUGAAAAUUCCGCUAUGAUUUUCAGCUGAGGAAUUAAGCGAUGGGUUAUGCGAUGAAAAGUCUGCGAUGAUUUUCAGCUGAGGAAUUAAGCGAUGGGUUAUGCGAUGAAAAGUCCGCGAUGAUUUUCAGCUGAGGAAUUAAGCGAUGGGUUAUGCGACGAAAAGUCUGCGGUGAUUUUCAGUUGAGGAAGUAAGCGAUGGGUUCUGUUGGAGAUUAUGCGAUUAAAAGUACGCGAUGAGGUCCGUCGCUGUGUAGUGAGCCGGAAUAGUUCAGUGUCACUUGUAAUGUAAAGGGAUGAGAAAUGGCGGAGAGAAAACGAAGAUGGUUAAUUAUUGCAGAUCACGCGAAGUUUGAGUUUAGACAGAACGCGAUGGACGGUGUUGCCAACCAGCUGGAAUAGCCCAGUUGGUUAGAGCGUGUGGCUGUUAACCACAAGGUCGGAGGUUCGACCCCUCCUUCUAGCGGAAUCUCAGAAUCUUUUGACCUGUCCUGCUCGGGUUACCCUAAGAUAAGAAUUUGAGGAUUAUGCGAUGACGUUUACUGCACACAUUCUGCAACGACCUAUUUCGCCAGCGACUUGGAGGAGUCUUAUUAAGUACAGCGUUUGGCUAUCAACUAGAAGGUUGGAGGAAAAGUAGACCCCUCCUCCUAGCCGACUUCGCGGAAGUUUUGAUGAUUCCCAAUCACAUGUUGAUAUGUUAUGCCAUGGGUGGUCUAACCAGCCAGCUGGAAUAGCUCAGUUGGUUAGAGCGUGUGGCUGUUAACCACAAGGUCGGAGGUUCGACCCCUCCUUCUAGCGGCCUUCUUCCAAACAGUUUGUGAAUUCCUUUUUCCCAUUCACGCGAUGAUAUCUUUUGCGGUAACUGUGAAUUCACGUUUUCUUGGGUCCCCGACAUCCUCAUAACCUUCCUAACUACAUACGGUAUAUUCCACUUGCCCACUCACGCGAUGAGAUCUGUUGCGGCGAGCGUGUAUUCCCGUUUCCUUGGGACCCCGAUAUACCCUAAGUUUUCAAAAGUAGAUCCGGAAUGUACUAAAUCCUCCCGGAACUUUCCGUGUAUGGUGUUGUCGCCGCAUUAAAGUAGAUAUAUAUCUAGGAACAAAUUUCUACCAAUUAGUGCUGAUAACCGUCAAGUUUCCAUCCUCUCCUUGUUGUUUUCUCACUGACUACAAUUCUUACUAUUGAAUGCCAAUUCCAAUUUUUCGUAUUAGAAGGGCGAAGUAAUAUAGGAGGACGGGAAGACCCAGACAAGCCAGAAAAGUCAGAAGGAACUAGCUUUAUUAGGACCUCCGUAGAAGAAACGUAGUGUCGUACGCGAAAGACAGACGAACUAUAUAGGUCGCAACGAAGUGAUAUCAUAUCUUGCCACAUAGCUAUCUCUACUGUAGUUCAUAUGAACUACAGUAAUGGUAAAAGUUGGAUCAACUUAUUAUUAUUCAUUGCAGUCAGGUAUAAUUUUGGUUCAUAAGGUC